UUACCCAAGCCUACAAAUAUCACCUUCUUAUCCAUAAACAUGAGGAAUAUCCUACAGUGGAGUCCACCAGAGGGCCUACAAGGAGCUGAAGUUACUUACACUGUGCAGUAUUUCAUAUAUGGGCAAAAGAAGUGGCUGAAUAAAUCCGAAUGCAGAAACAUCAAUAGGACCUGCUGUGAUCUUUCUGUGGAAACUUCUGAUUACGAACAUCAAUAUUAUGCCAAAGUGAGGGCCAUUUGGGAAACGAAUUGUUCCAAAUGGGCAGAAACUGGACGAUUCUAUCCAUUCUUAGAAACACAAAUCGGCCCACCAGGGAUUGCUUUGACGACAGAUGAGAAAUCCAUUUCCAUUGUUCUGAUGGCUCCAGAGAAGUGGAAGAGAAAUCCAGAAGACAGUUCUCUUUCCAUGCAACAGAUAUACUCUAAUCUGAAGUACAAUGUGUCCGUAUAUAAUACUAAAUCUAAUAGAACGUGGUCCCAGUGUGUGACCAACCACACGCUGGUGCUGGGCUGGCUGGAGCCAGACACUCUGUACUGCGUCCACGUGGUGUCUUUCGUCCCAGGGCCUCCUCGUCUUGCUCAGCCUUCUGAGAAACACUGUGUCCGGACUUUGAAAGACCAAACGUCAGCAUUGAAGGUUAAAAUCAUCUUCUGGUAUGUUUUGCCCAUAUCUGUUACCGUGUUUCUUUUUUCUGUGAUGGGCUACUCCAUGUACAGAUAUAUCCAUGUUGGCAAAGAGAAACACCCAGCAAAUUUGAUUUUGAUUUAUGGAAAUGAAUUUGACAAAAGAUUCUUUGUACCUGCUGAAAAAAUUGUGCUUAAUUUUAUCACCCUCAAUAUUUUGGAGGAUUCUAACACUUCUCAUAAGGAUGUAAGUGUAGGGGAAAAAAGCGACGAUGUAUGGGACCUGAAUGAGCCCCUCGAGGACCAGGAGUCACAUCAGGAGGAAAUGGAGGUGAAACACUUAGGGUAUGCUUUACAUUUGAUGGACAUUUUCUGUGACUCUGAGGAAAGCACCAAGGGUACGUCCCUAACCCAGCAGGAGUCAAGGGGCAGAACAAUGCCCACAGAUAAAGCUGUUGUUGAAUACGAAUAUGCUGUGAGAACUGCUGACUUCUGUGUGGGGCCUGGAGAUCAAGAGCUCAAUCUGCAGGAGCAGGUAUCCCUCCAAGGACAGUUCUGUAAGCAACAGGCAGCUUUGGUAGACCUGGGCUCCCAAACACCACUGCAUUCCUAUGCCCCUCAGCUGCGAGACUUGGACCAGCUGCUGCAGGAGCACGUGGACACAGCAGAGAAGCCAGAUGAAGAGUCAUCGACCACACUGGUGGAUUGGGACCCUCGGACCGGCAGGCUCUGCAUACCGUCAUUGCCUAGCUUUGAACAUGAUUCACAGGGAUGUGAGCAGCCUGAGUUCAAGGAGCUCAUGGAAGGCCUCUUGUCUAAACUCUAUGAGGAGCAGGCUCCAGAUGAGCCAUUGGAAGGAAACGAAGCCUAUCUCAUGAAAUUCAUGGAGGAAUGGGGAUUAUAUGUGCAAAUGGAGGACUAACCCUGAACUUCCCUUUGUCACACCCCUGCUGUUAAAAGGCACAUGAGUUCAAACAUAGGAGUGACCAAACAAUAAAGGACGUGAGAUGAAAGAAGUUUACU